UCACUUGACACCUCACUAGCUAAACCUGAACAUAUCAUUCAAUAUAAAUCCACUCUUCAACCCGUCCACAACACAUCAUCAGGAAAACAAAAUGGCGGCCGGCUUAGCCACGUGGUUUCUACUCCUCGUGCUGGGAGCUGUCAUGGGCGCUCCGGAGGAGGAAGAUGGCGUCUUAGUGCUCACGAAUGAUAAUUUUGAUAAGAGUUUAGCAUCUCUGGAUGUAGUUCUCGUUGAGUUCUAUGCUCCGUGGUGCGGGCACUGUAAGUCUCUUGAACCUGAAUAUGCUAAAGCGGCAAGUAUGUUGAAAGAUGAAGGAUUGGAGAUAAAACUUGCCAAGGUUGAUGUAACCAAGGAAAGGGUGGUUUCUGAAAAAUAUGAUAUUCAAGGAUUUCCAACCUUAAAACUGUUUAAGAAAGGAUCCGAGGAUCCUAUAGAUUAUUCUGGAUCUAGAACUGCUGAUGGCAUUGUUGGCUGGUUAAAGAAGAAAACAGGCCCUCCUGUCCAAGAAGUAACUAAUGUCGCUCUGCUGGCAAAAAUGGCGGAACAAUCUGUAAUAAUUGCUGGAUUCUUUAAUGACCUGACAGGAGCUAAUGCUAAACUAUUUGAAAGUAUAGCUGAUAAAGAUGAGAAGAAUAAAUAUGUUUAUAUAAAACUAACCAAUGAUAUGACUGAGCUAGAACUUGAAGACUCUAGUAUACUGUUGUAUAAAAACUUCGACGAGAAAACUGCAAAGUUCGCGGGAGAGAAAUUCGACGCUGAAUCUAUAAAUCUGUUCGUGAGUAAGAACUCUCGACCCGACAUCUUCGAGUUCAAUGAACAGAAUUCAGAACAGGUUUUCGGGUCAGGGAUUCAUCAACAUUUGAUCAUCCUCUCCAGUAUAGCAGACUUAAACUAUCCAGAAAUCCUCAAAAUGGGAUCUGAAGUAGGGAAGAAGUAUAAAGAAGAUAUUAUCACUAUGCACCUGGAUACGGAUAGAGAGGAUCACAAGGGUAUCAUGGACUUCCUGGGCGUUAAGGAUUCUGAUCUUCCAACCUUCAUGAUCUUUAUGAUGAGCACCUCUACGAAAUACUACCCAGAAAACAAGGAAAUAUCUGUUGAAAAUCUGGAAAAGUUUGCAAAAGAUCUCCUGGAAGAUAAACUGAAGCCAACUCUGAAAUCAGCUGACCUGCCUGUGGACUGGGAUAGCAAGCCGGUCAAAGUUCUCGUUUCUUCAAACUUCAACGAGAUAGCACUCGAUAAAACAAAGGACGUGUUUGUCAAGUUUUAUGCACCCUGGUGUGGUCACUGCAAAUCCUUGGCUCCGAUCUGGGACCAACUCGGAGAAAAGUUUAAAGACAGAACUGAUGUUGUGAUCGCUAAAGUAGAUUCUACUGAAAAUGAGAUCGAGGGACAAGAUGUUCAAGGAUUCCCAACGCUUAAACUAUUCAAGAAAGAAACCAACGAGAUUAUUGAUUAUGACGGACGGCGUGAUUUGGAUUCUUUAAUAAGAUUGGUAGAAACAGGAAAACCUGAUGAAGAUUCACCAAAGGGAAAUGAUGAUGAUGAUGAUGACGAUUCUGCUGAAGAUGAUGAUGAUGAUGAUGAUGACGAUGAUGAUGAUGAUGAAGUGAAGCCCAAGGAUGAGUUGUAAACAGAUUUACUAUAGUUUUAAGUUGUUAAAAUGUUGGUUAAAUACCAAAAAAUGUUGUUUUUCAUCAAAAUGCAUGCUAAUACUAAUGCAA